CGCUCCAGCUUGGAAAAAGUGUAGAAAGUUGGUAGUGCCUCCCCCUGCACGACCCUCUCCACUACUGCCGUCGGGGAUAGUGAAGUGAUCUUUUCGUUGGCUAGCUCAACGCAUAUAAUCGACUGACCCCUGUCACUUUUUUGCUGGAACAAGAGAAAGGGUCAACUGUUGUGACGUCACUUGAGCUGUGUGGCCUGAUUGGCUGGCGGUGUGAGGGGGCGUGGCCCACCCGAUACCUCAAUAGUCAGUCACCUCCCCCUCAGUUGAAGUGGAGGAGUGUUAGAGGAAGGUGGUCAUUAAUUGUGCUCUUCCUGACGUCCUGACUUGGACGACUGGACCACUUGCUUGGGAUAACUUCAGUGCUUACGCGUGUUCUCACAAGAGCAAAGUGUGAAGGCAUUCCAAAAACGAACAACAGCCAAGAUGACGGAUUUAGAAGUGAGCGAGGUACGAGGGUGGUACAGGAACAAGACUGUAUUUAUAACUGGAGGCACAGGAUUUGUAGGAAAGGCACUUGUUGAAAAAAUACUUCGAACCUGUCCUGUUAGGAGGAUCUACCUACUGAUGCGCCCCAAGAGAGGCGUCGACAUACACCAGCGCCUCGACGACAUGUUCAAUUAUAAGGGGCCGCUAAAGGCUUCCAUCGCCUCGCUGUCCGGGGGCCGUACCAAUGAGACCAUGUUGUUCGACAAGAUCAAGGAGUCACAGCCUGAGGUGAUCCAGAAGGUGUUUGCUGUGAAGGGAGACAUCACCAUGGAGGGUCUGGGCUUGAGUGAUGAGGAUGAAGCCCGCCUAGCCAACGAGGUCCACAUUGUUUUCCACGCUGCCGCCACCAUCAACUUUACUGAACCGAUGCGUGUAGCAGUGAACAUGAACAUGCUGGGCACCAAGCGUGUGGUCAGCCUCGCACACAAGAUGAGGAAUUUGGAGUCACUGGUUCACGUCUCGACGGCAUACAGCAACUGUCAUUUGCCCGAGGUAUACGAGGAGCUCUACCCAGCACCCAUGGACCCCGGCCGUCUGAUACAGCUGACAGAGUGGCUCGACGAUAAGCUCUUAGAAGCCCUGACCCCCCAUUUAGUUGCCCCACGUCCCAACACCUACACCUACACCAAAGCUUUAGCCGAACACCUCCUGGUCAAUGAUGGCGGAAGACUACCCAUAUCUAUCAUCAGGCCCUCCAUUGUGUGUGGAUCAUGGCGUGAGCCCGUGCCAGGGUGGGUGGAUAACCUCUUCGCGUUUACCGGGUUACUUGUAGGCAUGGGUAAGGGAGUCCUACGCUCUCUCUACAUCAAACCUGGAAUAACACUGGACUUCAUCCCUGUUGAUAUGCCGGUUAACCUGAUGAUCGUCUCUGCCUGGAACAGAGCUGCUGGGAAAUACAAGCCAAAUUCGGUGCCCAUCUUCUGUUGCUCAACGGGAUCACAGAAGCCACUGACCAGCGAUGCAUUGGCUGUCCACCUGCAGAAGUCGGUGCGCUCUUACCCCUUCAACUCACCACUGUGGUACCCUGAUGGGUCAGCCAAGACUACCAAGAUCAUGCAUCAGAUCCACGUGUACCUCGUUAACAUCAUCCCGGCACACAUUGCUGACACGAUAAUGAGGAUCCUUGGUAAAAAGCCCUUCGCCGUGAAACUGUGCAACAAGAUGGUGAAGGCCAUCAGUGCCCUGGAGUACUUCAUGCUGCGAGAUUGGAUCUUCCACAACACACAGACAAAGUGCCUGUGGAACACCCUCUCUCCUACUGACAAGGAAGUCUAUCAUUUUGAUGUGGAAGACCUGGACUGGGAUGAUUAUAUCGAGACAUAUCAGAAAGGCUGCAAGCAGUACAUCAUGAAGGAAGACCUAAAAGACGUGCCACAAGCCAGGAGAUUUAUGCACUGGAUGCAUGUACUCCAUCGCCUUGUACAACUAGCAAUGAUGUAUGGGGUCUGGUGCGUCUUGUCCUCAGAUUCUGCCAUCAGUUGCUAUUCUCUCUUCUUCAGUGGUGCCUCAAAACUUCUUUCACUUUCCCCAAUUUUGGCUGCAGCAGAAGAAGUAGAUGGUGAUGUUUCAUAGAUGAUUAAAUGUAAGCCACAACCAGUUAGUCAGUUAUCUAGGACAUUUCCAGAGGUCUGGCCAGUGGAUGAUAUAGUCACAUCUGUUCCCUAGGUAUUUGUUUUAAAGACUGGCCAAAGUGAUGAGAUAAAGGUGUACAUUAGCCUAGGGAUGGUCCCAUAUCAGACUCGAUGGAUGAAUUGCAUCCCUUCCUGUACUUUGGGAACAUUCCUAGAGGCUUGGCCUAAUGAAUGAAGUAGUCACACCAGAAUCCUAGGAAUGGAGUUGUGGCCGAGGUGACGUCAUCCAAGCGGUAGCUCGCUCAGACACCACACUGACAUAAGCAUCUACCUCGUGAGCUCUGACCGAGGCACUGAGGGAGGCCUCGCCUUUGCGCCCCAACUAACUGGGCAUUUUGCUUGCUAGUGGGUCCUCCUUAGCAACUGAACAUUUUGUACCUAAUGCUUGUCUUCCUAAAUAAACCUUUUCAAGGAAAAUACCAUUUAUAUUUGGAAGAGUGAUCUGUCCAUUAUAUGUCAAGGUUACAUUAUGUAAACAAGCAUUAGGAAAAUUAGUUGCUAAUAACUUAGGCAGGAAUAUGAUUAAUGUAACCAAUGUAGAGUAUGGAGUGGCUACCUGGGUGCCACACUUGUGCAACAUCUUGUAAACAAAUGCUCAAAUUACCAGAAUAAUGGUAUAUUAGGUAUUAGUGAUACAAGUAAUACCUCGUUUUGUAUAUAGUAUUUGUAAUAGAAAGUUUUCUGCUCCCCAAAAUGUAAAUCACAUCAGUAUUUUAUAAUAUUUCUAAUUUUUUUUUUUUUUUUUUUAAUCGUGUUAGGCUGUUACAAGUGUUCAUAAUACUAUUAAUAAUUUCAUAAUAAUAACCGUAAUCAAUAACAAUAAAUGUAGUAUGGCAAUAACUAUUUGACAGUAAAGAAAACGUUUGUGUAAUAUUGUUAGGUUAAGAUUGUGUUUACUAUGUCAUGACAAUGUUGAUUUAUUAUCUCGGACUUAAAAGCUUAUUAAAUGAAAGAUAAAUCAAUAAACCUGAAGUACAUUUUAAUACAAGUCUUUCGAUGUUUACCAAAUUAAUACAUUUAGGUUGUUUGAUUUUUCUGGAACUAUACAAUGAUUGUUUGUGGUGGGUCAAGGCUGUCAGGGAGGACGUCCACAUCAACGUCAGGGUUUCUGGGGAUUAUAUCACAUUAUUGGGAGCCAAAAUUGACUUUUGCAUCAUGUUAAAUCUAGCAUUUCUUUGUUUUCCUCACUAAGAUUAAGAUUUUGCUUUGUAUUUAUUUAAGCAAUAAUUCUUCAAUCUUAGAAUAUAUAUAUAGUUUUUAUUAUUUGAAGUUACUGUACUCUGAUUUUGGUAGCACUUAUUCCUCUUGUUGACGGAGUUGGACAAGUAGGUCACUGCACCAUGGUGUCUGGUGACCCAUCACUUUUACCCCUGGGUAAUGUUUCUGUUCACACCAAAUGUCUGUCACAUGACGGAGUCACUUCAGUUAUUCAGUAUUUUAGUAUGAAUUUAUGUAUUUUGUUAAAAUCAGUCAUUAGUUAAUUAUGCAACUGAUUUAGGAGCCAAGAACCUUUUGAGAUAAUUUUUAGUAUGAUUACCAUUCUGUCUUCUGUAUUGGCAGUAGGUAACAGUAAUUCUGAUUUUAUAUACUGAACUUUAAUGCCAUUAACCUUUGUCACUAUUUUUAAGCUCAUAAUGUAAAUAGUAUUACAUAUAAGUGUAAGUACAGAUGUAAACAGAUAGGUGUGAGUACAGUACACAGCCUCCUGCAGCAUUAAGGUUGUCGUCACCUGCAGUACGAUGGUCACUGUCUUGCUGCUACGUACUUUAUAGUUCUGAUGAAAUGUUCAUUCUAGGUUACAGUAGGACGUUGUGUGUGUUUUCCUGGGCAAAUCGACUCCAAAUUUUCUUGAACAUGUUGAGUAACAAUAGUGUUUGACAAACAUCCCAAGUACUAUACUGUAGGAAAAUUAGUUCGUAUUUGUUAAAGCUGUUCUCUCACCCUGAAGCACACUAAUGUUUCUAGUUUUCUUCAUUUAUUUGGAAUAACUCUAGUUUGAAUAUUCCAGUAAUACAAAAGAAGUUGAAUUUAGGCUUGUCCCUCUUUAUUAAGAUUGUUUAUCACUAAGAAACUUAUCAGCAGCAGGUAUAUUGUAAGAUUGGUUUCAUCUAAUUAAGAAAAUAAAUGCCUUUUACUCCUACUGUCUGUCCUCUUGAUGUACUGUGCAGAAUUUUCGGAGAGGAAUAAUUACAUGUUCAUUGUGUUUUAUAUCAAUUUAUCAGUUUUCUAAAAAAAUAUCAGUAUUCUAAAGUCAUUGUUGCUGAUAGUGUCCUUUCAACUGAAUAGUUAUUCUUUUGUCUUUUGGGGGGGUAAAGACAAAUAUGGCAGGAUACUGAACACCAGUUGUGAUUCUUUUUACCAAUUGUUCUCCUACAACAAAACUGUUUUAUUUUUUAGCAGUAUUUCUUUGCACUCUGAUUUUUGGACAUUUUUAAUUAUAAUUUUACUGUCUCCUCCAGAAGUUAUUUUAUAAUUUUGGCACUUUUGUAAAUUAACAUACAGUAUCCAUUUUUACUUAUACAGUAGUAAUUGUGGAUGCAUAUAUAAUCAUUGUGAAUGCAACACAUGUACAAUACUUUUUUCUAUUUAUAGUAUUUUCAGUGAAUAAACUUAUAAAAAAUA